AUGGUCAUCGAAGACUCUAAGAAAACCCCAUGGCGUCGAAUGUGCGACAACAAGGCUGACCUCAUCGAGAGAAAUUUGGAGAUAGACGGGUUCCGUUACUGGGGUAUCACUAUGUACCGAACCACCUACAAGAGCGACGCGGACUGGGCGAAAUUACUCGAUCGGUUUAUGGGCAGUGUCCGCACAGAACUAGAAAAAGACGAUGGGCUCGACAUGUUAGAUUCUUUUCGGCCUGUUGUAACAGAAGACGUGCACCGUUUUGAUGGGGCUACUCCUGAUCAAAUACGGAACGAUUUUAAGGAGUGGGCGAGGAUGGCUUGUGAGACGGAGUAA